UGCGGGCGGAGCUUGCGCAGCAGCCGGACCCCAGCGCGCACCGCCCUCCGCCCCUGGCCACCGUGCGCCUCGGCGGACACGCACUUCCUGCGAGGCCUCCGUGCGCACCUGAGCCGAGCCCAGCCCUGCGCUUGCAAGCCGUUCGCCAUGGUGGACGAGCUGGUGCUGCUGCUGCACGCGCUCCUGAUGCGGCACCGCGCCCUGAGCAUCGAGAACAGCCAGCUCAUGGAACAGCUGCGGCUGCUGGUGUGCGAGAGGGCCACCCUGCUGCGCCAGGUACGUCCGCCGAGCUGCCCGGUGCCCUUCCCCGAAACGUUUAGCGGCGAGAGCUCCCGGCUCCCCGAGUUUAUCGUGCAGACGGCGUCUUACAUGCUCGUCAACGAGAACCGAUUCUGCAACGACGCCAUGAAGGUGGCAUUCCUAAUCAGCCUGCUCACCGGGGAAGCCGAGGAGUGGGUGGUGCCCUACAUUGAGAUGGAUAGCCCCAUCCUAGGUGAUUACCGGGCCUUCCUCGAUGAGAUGAAACAGUGUUUUGGCUGGGAUGACGACGAAGAAGACGACGACGACGACGACGAGGAAGAUGAUUACUAGGCCGGGAGACCCUCGGGCCCAGGGGGGAGGGCCCUGCACGCCGCCAUCCUCUCCCCCGCCUCUCCUGCCCGGCCCGGAGCCGCCCAGCGCCCUUCCGCCCUCCCAUCCCCUUCCCUACCCCCAGCUCUCCGGUUCUCUCCGUCAUCCCCCUGUAGUGCUUGCCUUUGUUCCGGUUACCUGCUGCUGGGGCCUCGCUCGGAAGCGCGCCGCCACCCACUCUGGCCAGCCCCGGGGCCCUCCCCUGCUGAUUUGGACUGUGUCCUGAGCCCCAGCUAUAGGGCAGGCCCCUGUUACAAACUGGUCAGACCACGCACAGCCCUGCCCUGCCGACUGCAAGGCCUCCAUCUGCCCAGAGACCUACGCUGCCACUUCACCACCGUCCACCACAUUCCAGCGACAGAACACAGCCUUUGAAAAUAAGGACCAACCUAGAAGAUGCCUGAGUUGGCUCUAUGUCCUUGGACAUUGAUUUGGACAGCUCACCAGCCCCUGAAGGGGCCAGUCUUUCAACCUGGUUAGUUCCCUGCCUACUCCCAGGGUCCUCCCCUUCCCCACCAGAUUGCUGCAGGGGCCUAGUGCGCCUGGCAGCCAAAUUGUUGACAUUUCUUUUCUCCUAUGCACCAGUUUUGCACAGCUGUCCUUUUUCUUUCCAAACUGCAGCAGUCCCAACAGAUGUGUGCAUUUGGACAGAAAUACUAAAAACAAAACAAACAAACAAAAACAGGCACUCAGCCCAGCUCCUCAAUACCACCUGGAAAAAAGCAUUUACGUUCUUUUCAAUAAAUAUCAAGCACUACAAAAAUAAAGAAAGGAGUGUCUUUUAA